UCUAGGUGACUCUCCUAGCGGUGAGUCAGACAAACAGUCAAGAAGCAGGCGAAAGUGCUCAAGAUGACGAGUAUUCACACUAUCUCAGAGCAGCACAAGACUUCUUCGACACGGUUCACGAGCAGACGCGCCACAGGAGGAGCGACAAUAAUGCACCUAAGAACAGUAAGCCAUCCAUAGUCAUCCGCAUUGAGAAUCCUAGAGAAAAGGCCAAAAGGAGCAACGAUGACGAGGAGGAAGUGCCCAGUUACGACUACGCGAAAAGCAUCGAGCGGGAAUCCGAAGACACUCGAAAGCAAGCCGAGGUGGGUUCCGAAAAGUACCGACCAUCGGCGAGUGAUGACAGUUUUCAUUACGAAGAGGACGCGCCCCCGCCCAGCGAGACUGCGCCGAAGUACAGCGACGAAGUUAGGCAACCCUACAACGCCGAGUACGAAAGGGCAGUACAGGAUAUCCAGUCAGCGGGCAGCGAACAUAUUCCGGAAGAGAUCAAGCAAAGUGAAUGCAGACCCAUCCAGAGUCCCAAACACAAACCAGAUAUGAACUGCUUCAUAUGCGAAGACCCCGGCUCGAAGUCCAAAUUCACCCAGUGCUCGUACGCCCAGAAGCACGACCCCGUGAAAUACUACAAGGAGAACACGGAAAAGUUCCACAUGGACCAUUUACCGCCUUCACGUGCCCUGGAUAGGAGGAACAAGAGGUACGCGGACAAAGGCCAGGAUCCGUACGACCUCAUCAGGCAGAGGACCCACAAGUCGUUCGAGGACGCUGGGCACGGACAUAUA